AUGUCCAACGCCGCCCUCACCACCACCAACCUGCCCCUCAAGCUCAUCGCAAAGGGCAAGGUCCGCGACGUGUACGAUGCCGGCCUCGACCGCGGACCCCACGCUGGCGCCAUCCUCUUUGUGGCUACCGACCGCAUCUCGGCCUUCGACAUCAUCCUGCAGAAUGGCAUCCCUAACAAGGGCAAGCUCCUCCAUGCCUUGUCGACCUUCUGGUUCGGCCUCCUCAGCCCUUCGAUCAUUGAAGCCCACAUCAUCGCCACAGACUAUGCCGACUUUCCCAGAGAGCUGCGCGACCAACUCGAGCCGGUGCGCGAUCAAGUCGAGGGCCGAUCGAUGCUCGUGCGGAGAGCAGAGGUCCUCCCCGUAGAGGCCAUCGUGCGCGGCUACAUUACCGGCUCCGGAUGGGCAGAGUACAAAAAGUCCGGCACCGUACACGGCAUCAAGCUGCCCGAAGGUCUCGUCGAGAGCCAAGAGAUCCCCGGCGGACCCAUCUUCACGCCAAGCACAAAGGCCGAGCAGGGCGCUCACGACGAGAACAUCCACCCCGACAGAGUCAACGACAUCAUCGGCGAGAAGCGCGCGAAAGAGAUGUCGUCGGCGGCCGUGGCCCUCUAUUCCAAGGCCGCCUCGCACGCUCGCUCUCGUGGCAUCAUCCUGGCCGACACCAAGUUCGAAUUCGGACUGGUCCCUGCAUCGUCCACGUCGACACCUGCGUCGUCCGAGCAGCACAUGAUCCUCGUCGACGAGGUGCUCACCCCGGACAGCUCGAGGUUCUGGUCCGCCGCCGACUACCAGCCAGGCCGGUCACAGGGCAGCUUCGACAAGCAGUACGUGCGAGACUGGCUCAGAUCCAACGGGCUUGACAAGGCCGCAGACCAGGGCGUACCCGUCACUCUGCCCGACGACGUCGUCAAGGCCACCGAGCAAAAAUACCGCGACGCCUACGAGAUGAUCACCGGGUCAAAGUUCCCGCAGUGA